AUGUUGAUUCAGUGGACACGGUGUUACUUAUUAUGUUCACAACCGAAUGACAUCAGUGUCGUUGUGCUCUAUGUUUACAAAAAUCACAAGCGACGUCUAAAAAAUAAUGAAACCUCAGCGAUUUCACUCGGUACCUUCGUGGGUCUUGAAACUGGUUUUGAGUUGAAAAAACAAUAUAAUACAAUGUGUGUUAUUACACAACCAGAUAUUUUAACCGUAUCGUUUCAAGCAGCUGAAAUAUUGACAAUGUGGGAGACUUGGAUUUAUCAUGCCUGCUUCAAAGGUUCGCUAUUUUAUGCACAACUGGUGGGUGCACCCGAAUCAAGUCGUGCACAUGAGUCGUUAAAUUGCGAAGUGCGACUGCAUAUACAUGAUGGCCGUAUCGCACUUGUUGACGGUUACCCACAACGUUUGAUAGGUUUCUGGUUCCUGAACGAAAUCAUUCGAGUUUGUUUCAACGACAAUAAGUUGCAAUUCUUCGCAAAUGAUAGAAGUGGUUUGGAUGAUGGCAUGUAUUCGCUGGUUUGUGGACGAAUACAGCUCCUCGAGAAGCACUAUAAUUUAGCUACUAAACCCGGGUUACUUACCGCAUUCAUGAAGCAGAAAGAAGGUGAUGGAUUGUGGUAUGAGGAUAAGUUUGCUGAUUCUUCGCAAACAGUAAUCCAACAUUCCAGUACGUGUAGCAUUCAGAACCCUGAUAUAAAUCAUUUCGCCCUUUCCAAUGUAUGUCGAAAUUCAAGUUGCAAAUCAAAAACUUCAGUGUCCUCAAUUGGUGCUCAGGUUUCAUGUGUCAAUAUGCUAACUGAUCCUAGAUUUCUUCCGCUGUCUAAUGCUCCAUCGAUGUCAUCGUGUUGUGUGCCAUACGUAAAUGAUACGGCUGAGGAAUGCCUGCAUUCGCAGAGUGAACCUUCCGUGUCAUCAGUCGGACAUUGGGAUAAAUCAUCCAAUGAUGUUCUGCUUAGUUCAUCCAUCAGGGAUCGCAAGCUUCCGGUAUUCUCGAACACUGCUAUCUCAAGUAAAUCCUUAUCACGUGCAGAUAGUUGGCCAAGACCGCUGACUGAUGAAAUCAUCCGAAAGAGAGAGAUGUCUAUACGUACGCGGAAAUGGUGUGCUGUUAAUGACAGGGAAACUAAGUGCCGAUUUGUAAAACAAGAGAAGAAAAGUAAUUCUGUUAACAAAUAUUACGAGUGUGGUAGCUUUCGGGGACAAUCUGGGCGUCUCCCGAAACGUUCAAGGUCAUUGGGAAUGGAAUCUAGAUAUUUAAAUUCAUCACGAGAGAAAAAUUGGAAUCGUGCGAAGCGUAUUAUUGGUGGUGUGAGGAAAUCGAUUAAUGAUUUGAAUACUUGUAAAUUUUCGGCAUCCUUGGAUAAAUUAGCAUUACCGGCAAUGUUGCAUCACGAAACAGCGGCAGCGGCAUCAUCAUCUACUGAUGACACCAACCAAGUUGAAAGAGUACCUGAUGGCUUGCGGGAACCAGAAUUAACAACCCAAGGUUUUGUCUCAUCAUUAUCUGCACAGUCUGUGAAUAGAUUACCUGGCCUAAUCAAAUUGCCACCCAAAAAAUUUAAUCUUAUACGUGCUCGCCACAUACUCACGAAAAGCCUGCAGAAAUCGAUUUCAGGUUCAUUUUCGAAGUAUGACGGUGAACGAUCGGCAAAUCAUUUCAAUCUAGAAGAUGCCAAAUGCACGGGAUCUGUGAUUGACAGUAUCGAAACGGCUGUGAAAAAGAGUCGAGCCCGUUUACUUGAAGCGGAACGGCGAAAUUCGGGAUUUGCCGACCGAGCAAGUCCAACGAAUCCGUCUGGCCAUUCAGUGUGGACAACAUUGCCAGAAAACGUGGCAAUAUCGUCCACCUGGUCAACUGUUGGUCCCUCUUAUGUUACCGAUUCUUUUCUAUCGAGCCACGAUCGGAAAUCGUUGGUAAAGACCGUUAUAUCAGGCGCCGAUAAAUGCUGCAAUGCUGUGAACUUAGUUUCAAUGAUACCUGACCGACAAUCUAUCAAAAAAAGUGAAAAUGUUUCUCCAGCACCAGCGAGAACGGAUUUGCCGCCGCAAAUAAAGGGACCAUUGAAGGAUGAAAGCUUGAGAAAUUCUUUAACAGUUGUAAAGGACACGAAUGCAGAAAAGCUCGAGACAAUACCAUUAUGUACGACAGAGGCCUCACUUUCGGGAAGUUACUGUAAUUUGGAAACGAAAAGUAGCAGGAAUUUGUCCCAAAAAUCGGCCGAAAUUUCCCGUAUUGUUUAUGUACAAAUCGAUCCUGUGGCGACACUUGGCGCGAUACAGACCCAACAAACUAUGAUGAGGGAUCGUGCGCGCGUUGGUAGCUUAGUUAAAAAUAAGCGUUUCUCAAGCCAGAAUAACGUGGAACGCAAGGAUCGAACUGAUGAAGGGUGGAACAGAAGUGGUUUUUUUUCUCGUCGCUUUUGGCGGAAAUUCCCAGUGUCAAAGUCGUAUUCUGAUCUCCGUUUCUGA